AUGUCGAAUAUUCCAGGAUCCGACAUCUCGUCCAUCCUCCAUGGAGGCUACCAUCACCCUACCUCCCGACUGUGGCAGUCGGAGAGGCAGUUGACCAAGGCUGCCCUCAUGUACCCCAUCUUCAUCACGGAUGAUCCCGAGGCAGAGGAGGAGAUCAAGAGUUUGCCUGGACAAAAGAGGUGGGGUCUUAACAAGCUUGUCCCCUUCCUCGAGCCUUUGUACAAGAAAGGACUUGCUUCGGUCAUUCUAUUUGGUGUUCCCCUCGCCCCCGAGGCCAAGGACCCAUACGGCACAUCCGCUGAUGACCCGAAUGGACCCGUCAUGCAGGCCAUCACUCUUCUCAAGAAACACUUCCCCAACCUUUUCAUCGCUUGCGAUGUCUGUCUCUGCGAGUACACCUCUCACGGUCACUGUGGUAUUCUGCACGAAGAUGGAACUAUCAACAAUCCCCCCAGUGUGAAGAGAAUCGCCGAGGUCGCUUGCAACUACGCCAAGCAAGGUGCUGACUGUGUCGCCCCUAGUGACAUGAUGGAUGGUCGUAUCAAGGCGAUCAAGACGGCUUUGAUCGAGGCUGGCGUUGCCCACAAGUGCAUGCUCAUCUCCUAUUCUGCCAAGUUUGCUACUUGUCUUUACGGUCCAUUCAGGGACGCAGCUGGUUCCGCUCCUGCAUUUGGUGACCGCAAGCGCUAUCAGCUACCUCCCGCUGGACGGGGUUUGGCUCGUCGUGCUAUCACCCGUGAUCUUGCUGAGGGUGCAGAUUGUAUCAUGGUCAAGCCUGCAACUGCCUACCUUGAUAUCAUCCGUGACGCAAAGGAGAUUGCACCUGAUGUGCCUAUUUCUGCUUACCAGGUUUCAGGGGAGUUUGCUAUGAUUCACGCCGCUGCUAAAGCUGGCGUCUUUGACUUGAGGAGGGCUGCUGAAGAGAGUUUGGAUGGUAUAUUGAGAGCUGGAGCAAACAUGAUUUUGACGUAUUUCACACCGGACUUCUUGGACUGGUUGUCAGAGUAA